UUACAAUGGUACAAUCCCGCUCUAUAUAAGUUCCUCCACCUUCAGCGGCUAUCUUUCCCCACGUCGUGGCACCCACCCUGUCUCUGCUUUUUCUUCUUCCGAGGGAUUACUCCUUCAGUAGGCGUUCUUUACGAAGCUGUUGGCUUUUGAGCGAAGAUGAAUCCCUGCAAUCUUCAACGGAACUCUGCCGUUUCUGCUUACGAGGAGAUGAGAGGGUUGAUCUCAAUCUCUGAUGGCGGCCCUGUGGUUUGCCCUAAGCCGAGACGAAAUAGGGUUCUUGCUAACAAUCCCGUCAGGCCCUUGAGAUUGCAUAUGAGUCAUCAAGCCGAGGUAAAUGAUUUAAAAGCUGGUGCAGAGCUUCUAGAUAUCAUCCUCAAGAAGGAUAUGGAGACAGAGCAAUCUGCACACGAGGUAGCAUCAUCACCCCCGUUUUUUUGUGGGUCGCCUCCAAGUAGGGCUGCGAACCCACUUGUGCACGAUGUUCGAUUUUGUGAUGAAACACUUGCAUCACUGCAAGUUCCAUCUCCGUCUCCAUCAUCAUCGGCACACAAAGUAGGGUGUGCUAGGAUGAAGUUUGGCCUUAAACAGCCCACAGUUAGAGUAGAAGGAUUCGAUUGCCUUAACAGGGAUCGCCAGAAUUCCAGAAUCCCUGCUAUGGCUUAGACACUUAAAUUAAAAUCAAAAGUGUAAAUACAAGGAAAGCUAGAUGCCACCACCCUCCACCGAUUCAGAAGCCGAAGCAAGAUUAACGAGGGAGGAUUUUUGGGUAAUUUUGAGAA